GUUUCCUCACCCCACACCUUGUGCCAGCUGCACACACCAUGCCUUCCGCCUCUUGGUUCUGGACACCAGUGGUGUCUAGGUGGGGCCAGAGUCCCGUGGGGGGUUGCUGCAGCCCCCAGAGAGCCAUUCCCAACCCCAUGUAGUUGACACUAGGGGCCUCAGGCCUGGAACAUGGAUUCUGGGUGGGAGCAGGGGACCCUGAAUCGGCAGCAGCCCCUGCGUUUCAGGUGGCGGGAUGCCGCAUUGGGCAGGUGGUGGAUGUAGGAGAUGCUCCACCCCUGUGGCAUUUCCUGGAGUUGGUGAGUUUUAGUCGGACUCUUGAUGGCAUUUUAAUGUGUCUCUUGUGUUUGAUUUUUAGUAAGACUUUGAGCCCGACGCAGGCUUCGGUGGUUGCUGUGGAUCAGAAGCCUGAGAGCUUUGGUUCGAGACAAUUAAAGCCGUGGGAUGAGGAUCCAAGACAGGACGCGGUUCUGCCUGGGGAUUCUGAAGAUAAAAAGCUUUGAAAAGUCGAAUUCAUGGUCGUGGAAACCGAGCCCAUAUUAAGAAAUGUCAGGCGUCCGACCUCCGAUCAUGAACGGGCCCAUGCACCCCCGGCCCUUGGUGGCGCUGCUGGACGGCCGGGACUGCACGGUGGAGAUGCCGAUCCUGAAGGACGUGGCCACGGUGGCCUUCUGUGAUGCGCAGUCCACGCAGGAGAUCCAUGAGAAGGUCCUGAACGAGGCUGUGGGGGCCCUGAUGUACCACACCAUCACGCUGACCAGAGAGGACCUGGAGAAGUUCAAGGCACUUCGAAUAAUCGUGCGCAUUGGCAGUGGCUUUGACAACAUCGACAUCAAGUCAGCCGGGGACUUAGGCAUCGCCGUCUGCAACGUGCCUGCCGCGUCCGUGGAGGAGACUGCCGACUCGACCCUGUGCCACAUCCUGAACCUCUAUCGGAGGACCACCUGGCUGCACCAGGCACUGCGGGAAGGCACGCGUGUCCAGAGUGUUGAGCAGAUCCGCGAAGUGGCCUCUGGAGCCGCCAGGAUCCGUGGGGAGACCCUGGGUAUCAUCGGACUAGGUCGCGUGGGGCAGGCAGUGGCACUGCGGGCCAAGGCCUUCGGCUUCAGCGUCCUCUUCUAUGACCCGUACCUGUCGGACGGCAUCGAGCGAGCACUGGGGCUACAGCGUGUGAGCACCCUGCAGGACCUGCUCUUUCACAGUGAUUGCGUGACCCUGCACUGUGGCCUCAACGAGCACAACCACCACCUCAUCAACGACUUCACCGUCAAGCAGAUGAGGCAAGGGGCUUUCCUAGUGAACACGGCCCGGGGCGGCCUGGUGGACGAGAAGGCGCUAGCCCAGGCCUUGAAGGAGGGGCGGAUCCGUGGAGCAGCCCUGGACGUGCACGAGUCAGAGCCCUUCAGCUUUAGCCAGGGCCCCCUGAAGGACGCGCCCAACCUCAUCUGCACCCCCCAUGCUGCAUGGUACAGCGAGCAGGCUUCCAUCGAGAUGCGCGAGGAGGCGGCCCGGGAGAUCCGCAGAGCCAUCACAGGCCGGAUCCCGGACAGUUUGAAAAACUGCGUCAAUAAGGACCACCUGACAGCCGCCACUCACUGGGCCAGCAUGGACCCAGCCGUUGUGCACCCUGAGCUCAACGGGGCCGCCUACAGCAGGUACCCCCCGGGCGUGGUGGGCGUGGCCCCCACAGGCAUCCCAGCCGCUGUUGAAGGCAUCGUCCCCAGCGCCAUGUCCCUGUCCCAUGGCCUGCCCCCCGUGGCCCACCCACCCCAUGCCCCUUCUCCCGGCCAAACUGUCAAGCCUGAGGCGGACAGAGACCACUCGAGUGACCAGUUGUAGCCCGGGAGGAGCUCUCCAGCCUCAGCACCCGGCACUCGGCGCCGCACAGCCCGGCCCCCCUGCGCGGAGGUGGCACUGCGUAGCGGCCGCAGCCCCGGAGACCGGCCGGGCGUGCGGGCGGCGAGGGCCGUGGCCCCCUCGUGUGGAUUGUGCUCGUCCAGCCCUGUGGGCUGGGUCCCUGCCCCGUGUCCUUUGCGUUCCUCGUUCAGCAAAAGAAGUUAGUAGUUAAUUCUAUCAUGAAUGUUCUUGUCUGUGUACAGUUUUUAGAACAUUACAGGGGAUUUGUUUGCUUAGCUGUCAACAAGAAAGACCUGCGGGAGCAUUCAGCGAGUCAAUUCGAGAUUAUUUUUCUUUUAUAUGUGGGAACGUGCCCGGAGUGAGGCAGUUGGCAAACUUCUCAGGACAAUGAAUCCUUCCCGUUUUUCUUUCUAUGCCACACAGUGCAUUGUUUUUCUACCUGCUUGUCUUAUUUUUAGAGUUACUUAGAAAAACAAAACAAAGGCUGUUUUUCCUAAUUUUGGCAUGAACCCCCGUGCUCCAAAUGAAGACGGCACCGCGAAGCGCCUCGGGGAGGAGUGUGCGCCAGGCCGGUGCGCCUGCGGGCCGUCGACGUCUGUCCUGGGGGACGCGGAGGGACGGCAGCGUCCCCGCCUGCGCUGGUGCCGUCCUGCUGAUGUGGUAGGCUAGCAAUAUUUUGGUUAAAAUCAUGUUCGUGACUGUAACCAUUUGUAUGAAUUAUUUUAAAGAAAUAAAAAUCCCAGAAAGAGCC